UCCAAUCUAUACCAACUUCUCGGUGUCAUAUAUUUUUAAUCGUUGAGUUUAUCUACGGAUUUACUAUUUAUAGUCUUUCAUAAUAUUCUAAAUUAAGGCAGGUAAACUCUAUUCGCAAAACAAAUAAUGCAUGUGCGUUGAGUGGAAACAUAAUAUUAUUUGAGUUAAAUAGUGCUGAAUAUAAGAACAAUCCAUAAAAAAAUCGGGGUAGGGGGUUAAGGUAUAGGAACAAUUGUAAAACUCAAUUAAUUUUUUAGCAGAGUAAAAUAUGAGUGUACAAGGAUUCACAGGCAUCGUGCAAGGCCCACUAGCCCAGUAUUUACAAAUUUCACUAAAGAUAGGAGGUGAUGUAGCUCAACACAGCCAACUGGUGAACCAGGCAUUCAAUGCACAAUUACAAUUUCUGCAACUGGCUAGUCAGUCAGGAAAGCCGGCAAGUCAGAAUGACCUGAUGAAUUUUUUGAGACCAACAAGUGACUGUAUCAGUGCCAUACAAAAUUUUCGAGAAUCAAAUCGCACUUCUGCAUUUUUUAAUCAUUUGUCCGCCAUCAGCGAAAGCAUACCAGCGCUGGGAUGGGUCACAGUGAGUCCAGCUCCUGCACCUUACGUCAAGGAAAUGAACGAUGCUGGUCAGUUCUACACGAACAGGGUACUGAAAGACUGGAAAGAAAAGAAUAAAAACCAUGUAGACUGGGUGAAGUCCUGGAUACAGACCUUAACUGAACUUCAGGCGUUUGUUAAGCAAUUCCACACCACGGGCCUUGUUUGGGGUGGUAAGGGGGUUGCUGCUGCACCUCCACCACCAUGUGCACCACUACCACCCCCUCCUCUUGCAGAUUUCAAUGCUGCGCCCACCGAUCCUGGUGUUGACAGAUCAGCGCUCUUUGCGCAGCUCAACCAAGGAAUGAAUAUCACAAGCCAUUUAAAAAAAGUUACACCAGACAUGCAAACACAUAAGAACCCGACUAUAAAGCAAGUGGGUCCUGUGCCAUUCAGGGGGGGCGAUUUGUCUGGAGGUCCUGGUGGCAUUCAAGCGGACAAGCCGCCUAAAUUUGUUAAUGAUGGGAAAAAGUGGAUAAUUGAAUACCAAAAAGGAAAUCACCAACUGCUUAUUGAAAACACUGAAAUGAGCAAUGUCGUUUAUUUAUAUAAGUGUAUCGAUUCAACGGUUAUUAUUAAAGGGAAAAUAAAUUCUAUUACGAUGGAUUCUUGUAAGAAGACGGCAGUUGUGGUUGACUCUCUAGUGUCAGUGAUAGAAUUUAUCAACUGUCAAUCAGUUCAGAUGCAGGUGUUUGGUAAGGUUCCAACAAUAUCUAUUGACAAAACUGAUGGUUGCCAAAUUUAUUUAAGUCGGGACUCCUUGGAUGUAGAGAUUAUAUCUGCAAAAUCUUCGGAAAUGAACGUCCUGAUACCCAAAGGCAAUGGAGAUUAUACUGAGGUACCAAUCCCCGAACAAUUCAAGACGACUGUUUUACCAAAUAAUACUCUCUCCACAGUAGUAGUAGAAAGCAAAGGUUAAAUUCACUGUAUUAUAAAUAUACUUAAUAUUUUAUGUUUAAUUGUAUCAAAGCGUUUUCUAAUCGAGACAUUCUGGAUAAAUAAGAAAUACUAUACGGUGGGUUUAUACUUAUUUUGUGUAUAGGUUCGGCUGAAUUCGACUUUUGGGGAGUUUAAUGUAUUUCCCGAAAAGAAAGAAAUAUAUAUAUAUCUGGCUCGACAUUCGACAAAGGUUGAAGGACGAUAACCACAUCUCAACAUAUUUAUUCGUUUAACUAAUACUAAAAAAAUUAAAUAGAAAAGUCAAAUUUAAAAUAAAUCUGCAUGAUUUUUUUUUAAAAAGUCUUAUCGAAGACCACCAAUCUCUCUGAUAUUUACGCGUAACAUAAUUUGUCUAUUCUGAACGAUUAUACCUACAGUGUUGCCGAUGUGACAUAUAACUCUAACUUUUUAUAUAAAAUAGGAAGAACGAAGAUAAAUGAAUACAUAUUUUUUAAACAAUAAGUCAAACAAUAAUAUCUCCUUAAAAUUAUUCACGGUCUCCUCCUCCCCUUGCAUUGAUUUUAUGUGUUAUUAACUCAAUGUUCAAUUUGACUUUCGGGACAAGCGUUGCAGUUUGGCGUAAGCACACUAGUGAGAAUUGCUUUAUUUCAUUUGGAACAUAAUUUUUGUACAAAAUCAGAACACGCAUUUCUGGCGUCAAAUUUAAUAUUCGUUAUUUGUGCUUUGUAAUUUAUUUUUUAAAUACAUUGUCCAGUUCUAAAUUAAAUUACUUAUAGUGUGCUUAUUAGUUAGUUGUGUACAUGUGGAUGGGAAGGUUAUGACAACUUUAGAUUGACAGGUUGUUCAGUAAAAGUGUUUCAUUUUUAUCAACUGUUUAAGUGCCUUCAUUUUCAGUAAGCUUUUAUUUGUUAAAUUUAUUUCUGAGAUUUGCUUUUUAAAAGUGUAAUGCAAUUUUAAACGUUGUGAAAUUAAUUUAGGUUUAUGGUUUCCUUUAUUAUGAAGAGAGCUAAAGUUAAAUUAGGAUAUGUCCAGUUCAUCAGGGUUUAAUCCGCAGUAUGAAACUACAUAACUUUCUUGACAUGUAACUUGGCAUGCAUUAAUGAUUGCCUUUCAUGUAGACAGCGUUCUUAAAAUGUACCUGUGGGCGGAUGGACUUUAAAAAAAAUCCGAGUGUAUCGCUGAAUUCUAUGCAAAAACCAAAUAUUUUUACAGAAAAGUUCAUCAUAGAAAAGGGACCAAAAUUGAAAAUCAUCCCGUAAUUCUAAAACGAAUACCAAGAUGUGGUUUUAUCAUUUAACUUUUGCGGAAAAUCAAACUACCAUUUUUCUAUUUUUUAGGAAAUCGGUGAAACCCUCCAAAAGUGUAAGAUUGGCCCACCCUGUAUGGGAUAAUUCAUAAUUUUCUUUUUAUAGCAAUUUAUUUCUUUGCGAAUUUUUCUUUCAAACAUCCCAUAUUUUUAUGCAGAAUUCAGAUAUCUUCACCGUAAAAAAAUAUAUCGCAGUAAAAAUGAGUAUUAUGGAUCACCUGGUACAACCAACUUAUUUUUCAGAUGUCAAAUGUAAUAUUUCCACUCUUGCUAAAACAUGUUUUGCUUUAUAAUAAAGCUUUAUAUUAA